UCAUUUGUUUCGUUUUAGUUGCUCUAGUUAUUGAAUUUAUGCUAAAUUUGAUGGAAUUCAUAUGGAUUUUCAUUUUGUUGUUGGAUGAUGUUGUUUUGCUUUCCGGGUUUGUCGCUAAUUUUGUGGGAAUAUAGUGAUCUUGUCGUUUUGAUUUGUGUGUUCUUUGAUUAGGGUUUAUGAUAUCUCAAUUGGGCGAGUAUAUUGUUUUAUUGUUAUUGUAAUUCAUUCAAGUAUAUUGUUUUAUUGUUAUGGUAAUUCAUUCAAGUAUCUAGAAAGGGCACUGCUCCUUUCACGAUUUUGAGGUUUAGGCGAUGAAGAUCGAUAAUAUUUGUUCUUUUUAGCUAUCUGUUGUUUUGGAGUGAUCGACUUUUCAAAAACUCGUAGUUGACUUUAAUCUCACUUUACAUGACCGAACGACUUUAGAAGAAAUCGCGAAGCAAAACUUUUAGGUUUGUUUCUUGGGAACCAAGGUUUCCGAUUCCUAAACCCGCUGGUUUCUUUUACAAUGACAAUGGAAUGGAAUCGUGUAACAGUAAUCAGCGUGUGUCUCUACAUUCUUAUAUCCAUCACUUGCAGCAAUGCGGUUGAAAGUGACAUCAAUUGCUUAAAAUCCGUUAAAGCAUCACUCAGAGAUCCCGAAAACCUGUUAUCAUCAUGGGAUUUCAAUAACAACACUGAAGGAUUCAUUUGCAGAUUCACAGGGAUAGAAUGCUGGCAUCCUGAUGAAAGCAAAGUCUUAAAUAUCCACCUUUCUGACAUGGGGUUGAUUGGUGGGUUCCCAGUUGGACUCAAGAACUGUACCUCAAUGACCGGAUUAGACCUUUCCAACAACCGCCUAAACGGGCCCCUCCCCACCAACAUGACAGAUGUCGUUCACUUUCUCACAACUCUCGAUUUAUCAUCAAACAAUUUAUCGGGAGAAAUCCCAGUCAGCAUUUCAAACAUUUCAUUUCUUAAUGUCCUCAAACUCGAUAACAACCGGUUCACGGGUCGGAUCCCGUAUGAAUUGGGCGGGCUCAAUCGGAUUAAGGAGUUCAAUGUUGCAAACAAUCUUCUGUCAGGCCCGGUCCCUAAUUUUGGUGAGAAUAUUAAAGCCGACAGCUAUGCUGGAAAUCUUGAUUUAUGCGGGGGGCCUUUGCAGCGGUGUGAAGGAGAGUCGAGCAAAACGAGCACCGGUGUGAUCAUCGGGGCGGCGGUUGGCGGUGUCACACUGGCGGCAGUGUUGGUGGUUGUCAGUACGAUGUUCAUUAAGCGUAAGGUCAUUAGAAGGAAAGAAGAAGAUCCAGAUGGGAAUAAAUGGGCAAGAAGUAUCAAAGGAACAAAAACUAUUAAGCUUUCGAUGUUUGAAAACCCGGUAUCGAAGAUGAGAUUGAGCGAUCUCAUGAAGGCAACAAACAGUUUUAGUAAAGACAACAUAAUCGGAUCGGGAAGAACGGGUUCAUUAUACAAAGCAACACUUGAAGAUGGAAGCUCAUUAAUGAUCAAAAGAUUACAAGACACGCAACAUUCCGAGAAAGAAUUCGCGUCAGAAAUGGCAACAAUUGGAAACCUUAAACACCGUAACCUCGUACCGCUUCUCGGGUUUUGUGUCGCGAAACAAGAACGGUUUUUAGUCUACAAAUACAUGGCAAACGGGAAUCUACACGAUAAAUUACAUCUUGUUGGGGAUGAUGAGAAACGUAUGGAAUGGCCGUUACGGUUAAAAAUUGCAAUCGGAGCCGCCAAAGGGUUCGCGUGGCUCCACCAUAACUGCAACCCGCGUAUCCUUCACCGGAACAUAAGCUCAAAAUGUAUAUUGUUAGACGGUGAAUUCGAGGCAAGAAUUUCCGAUUUUGGGUUGGCCAGACUGAUGAACCCGGUGGAUACCCACCUGAGUACUUUUGUGAAUGGAGAGUUCGGGGAUAUCGGGUACGUAGCACCCGAAUACGCCCGAACUCUCGUGGCCACCCCGAAGGGUGAUGUGUACAGCUUCGGGGUGGUGCUUCUUGAGUUGGUAACGGGUGAAAGACCGACGCAUGUGUCUAAAGCUCCGGAAAGCUUUAAAGGAAGUUUAGUGGAAUGGAUUUCCGAAUUGUCGGCGGAAUCGAAACUUCAUGAUUCCAUUGAUGUGUCGUUGGCCGGAAAGGGAAUUGAUAACGAGGUUUUUCAGGUUCUUAAGGUCGCGUGUAAUUGUGUGUUGCCUGCGGUUCAUAAGGAGCGGCCUUCGAUGUUUGAAGUGUAUCAACUUUUACGGGCGAUUGGUGAACAUUACCAUUUCACUGCGGAUGAUGAGAUUUUGAUGCCCACCGAUGAUGCUAAUGCCGGUGAUAUCGAACUCAUUGUUUCUCGGGAUAUGAGAGGAAUGAAAUGACCAAAUGAGGUAACACACGAUAAGGGAUCGUGUAAGGUAUAUGUAAUUAAUGUUCUUCGUGCUUGAAUAAAUGUUAUACGCAUAUAAUAUAUAUAUGGGUUCGAGGACUAUAGGGUUUUGAUUUUAUGUAUGUAAUGAAACACUUAGAGGAAUAUUAAUAUGUAUUUGUUGCAA